AUGGAGCUGCACGACAAGAUCUACUACAAGCGAUCAGAGUAUAUCGAGACUGACACGGGUAACAAGGUCAGCAAGCGCUCGACCAUCUGCGGCUCCUCCAACAUCGUCCUAGGCGGCAAGACUAUCAUACAACAGGGCUCCAUCAUCCGAGGCGAUCUCAGGCGUCAAGGUGCGGGCAAUGCCGUCGUGGUCGCCAUUGGGAGAUACUGCCUCCUAGGCGAGAAUGCCGUCAUCAGACCGCCCUACAAGACCUAUAAAGGAUCGUUCAGUUACUAUCCUCAGAAAUUGGGCGAUUUUGUGACAAUAGGCGCCAAUACGAUCCUUGAAGCUGCACAAGUCGGCAGCCUGGUCGAAAUUGGCAAGAACUGCAUCAUCGGCCGCUUUGUCGUCAUCAAAGACGGCGCGAGGAUUGAAGACGAUACUGUCGUUCCGCCAGGCACGACAAUUCCUUCGCUAUCUGUCUACGCAGGCUCUCCAGCGCGGCUGGUCGCAGAGUUGCCAGAAAGCGCGCCUGACACCAUCGAAGCGCGCGCCAAGGCCUACUACGCUCACUUUGUGCCAGGGUAG